UUUCUAUUCCGCAUUUUCCCUAGAAAACUCUCUCUCUCUCUCUCUCUCUGCAUGUCUUUAAUUUGAAUAUUUCUCGUUCAACUUCCAAACACGCACUCUUCAUUUUCUUUGUUGAAAACUCAAAACCCACCAAAACCCUUUUCUCAUCUUCUAUCAAAUGUUCUUCUGAUCAAUUUUAUCGCUUCAGGGCCGCUGGGGAUUUCUCUUGCUAGCAUGGCAUUGAGUAAUCCACUCUUUGAUGAUAUACGAAGCAACAUUGAUGUUGAUCCUCCUCAAAAGGAAGAGUCAACAGAUGUUGGUAUAUUGGUGAAUGAUCCUGCACAAACUGCUCUUAAACCUACUGGGACUGUUUUAAGCAGUGUUCGUGAGCUUCUAGAGUGUCCUGUAUGCCUGAAUGCUAUGUACCCUCCAAUCCAUCAGUGUUCGAAUGGUCACACUAUAUGCUCAGAUUGCAAACCUAGAGUACAUAACCGGUGCCCUACUUGUAGGCAUGAGCUGGGAAAUAUUAGAUGUCUAGCACUGGAGAAGGUGGCUGCAUCUUUUGCACUCCCCUGUAAAUUCAAAGAUUUUGGGUGCAUCGGUAUAUAUCCAUACUACAACAAGCCAGAACAUGAAUCUCAAUGUUCAUAUAGACCCUAUAACUGUCCAUAUGCUGGUUCAGAAUGCUCUGUUGUGGGUGAUAUAAACUACUUGGUGACCCAUCUGAAAGAAGAUCACAAAGUGGACAUGCACAAUGGUAGCACUUUUAACCAUCGUUAUGUCAAAUCAAAUCCUCAAGAUGUUGAAAAUGCAACAUGGAUGUUAACGGUUUUCAGCUGUUUUGGUAAGUACUUUUGUCUACAUUUUGAAACUUUUCAACUUGGAAUGGCUCCUGUCUACAUAGCCUUUUUGCGGUUCAUGGGUGAAGAUAGUGAAGCAAAAAAUUAUAGCUACAGUCUAGAGGUAGGCGGAAAUGGGAGGAAGAUGGUUUGGCAAGGAGUGCCAAGAAGCAUCAGGGAAAGUCAUAGCAAGAUCCGCGACAGUUUUGAUGGUCUUAUUAUUCAGAGGAAUAUGGCGCUUUUCUUUUCAGGUGGUGACCGGAAAGAGUUGAAGCUAAGGGUUACUGGUAGGAUUUGGAAAGAACAAUGACAAGAAGGAAUUGAUGUCCGUUCUUCGACUAGAAAUUAUAUUUAGACUAAUUGAUGUCCGGAAAGACUAGGAAUUAAUGACCGGAAAUUAUAUCUAGUCGUAUUUUGUGAUUUAGGAAGCAAUCUCUCUUUGCUUAUCCUUUCAUUAAAUGCAUGAACAUGAAGCUGUACUUCAUAUCAUUAUGACAGUUUUUGUUCUAUGAAUGUUAAUGAUUGAAAGUAAUUGUGAAAAUUUUGCAAGCACGUGAUGACAAGCUACACUUAAUAGCAUGUGAAAUUAUGUCAUGUUUGUCGAUUUA